AUGUCGACCGCAGUUGCGCCCGCGACGGCAGCAUCUCUGUCCUCGCCACAUGUCACCCGCGAUCCCAGUCCAAAGAAUUGCCCGACCUUAGCUCCUCCUCCCCCACCGGGCGCGGCGAAUUCCUCCCCAUCACGACUGUCUACCACCUCGCAGGAUGCUCCGCGAAGAGGCACCCCCGAGAACAAAGACCCGGCCUCCCCAUCAGGUAGCGCAGGUCCAAAGAUCACCGUCAAAAAAGAACCGCCCUCGUCGCCGCGCAUGCAGAGUAGCCGCCCUCGCCCUCGGAAGCUCGACCUUUCGACCAGUCUCCCUUCAUCGAGUAGCAACUUGUCGGUUCGACCACCUAAUGGGCCUAUGACUGCCCGCGACGGUGUCACUAUGCAGGAUGUCGGUCUGGCAUGCCUGUCGCCCGGAUUUCAGACCCAUGAUCCUGCAAUGAGAGAGCAGCUCCAACGGAGUCUCUCGGUGCGCGAACAGCAACGGUCAAUUAUCGAAGCACGGCUGCAGAGGUCAGCCAAGGAUGAAGGCCCUGAUGGCAUCAGGCCAUCCGCGCACGAGUUUUUGGGACCCAAGAGCUCUAAGCGACGGCCGCCGCCUGGCUUGUCCAUCGUCCCUCCGUCGGCAUCGCAAUUCGCCAACGAACGGGUGAUUCAAUCCGCCCCGCUCAACCAGACCUUUACUGGUCGACACCAACCUCAGCCGUUGACUCGCCAUGUUGUGAACCAGAGUCCCACUCUGGGCUCAACUUCGCACAUGCAUCAACUUCCAGCUACACAGACCAACAACCGCCUCCCUCCUCUUUCCGAUGUGUUCGGCUCUGAUGCUCUGGGUCGGGACAGAGAUGCAACCCGCCCGGAUGCGAACCGCCCAAGCGUCUACUUAAACGCUUCGAGCACCAACUCUUCCCAAUCGAAUUUGGCACCGAUGCCUUCGCCCGGCCUGCCCCCGAACCACCAGUCACAAACUCCCCACCGAUCACGCGAGUAUCGCUCGGCCGAAGAAGCCGUGCAAGAAAUGUCCGGCGGGCGGGAGGAACUGUUGCCGCGAAUCGUACACUAUGGAGGCCACCAGCCACCCACCCCGCCAUCUCCUCACGCAUUCCAUGCUGCCCCCAAGACGGCUCCAUUAGUUAGCGAAAGCAUGGUUCAUCACCCGCCUCAGGUCCCGAUGAUGCAGUUCGCCGACACAACUGCACGCCGUCGUCCCCGGAGCGAGUACGAGCAAGAUAAUGGAAGCCCACCGCUUGGACAUGGCCCAGAGCCUCAGCACCGGCCCAACCCUGCCGCCAACGCUAGCGCAGCAUCCUACGGCCCUUUUGGCGCCGGCAGAGACUCGCCGGAAACUACACGGAGAAAGAAAGAGGAAUUCCUCGGCCUUUGCGCACGGGCUUGGGAUCUCUUCCAUUCGUGA